AUGACUGGGUCCCUUCAAGAGGCUGCUACUGAGCCAACCGCGAGCUUAAGCAAAUGGGUUGAGCACUUGGACGCAACCACGAUCCCUCCGGACGUCCUCGAGCGCGCCAAAUACUUAAUCUUGGAUGGCAUUGCAUGUGGCCUCGUUGGUGCUCACGUGCCCUGGUCAGAGCAACUUGCAAAUGCCGUUCGUCAAUAUGAGCCCAGAGGAAAGUGUAGAGUCAUUGGAUAUGAGGACCACUACGGACCGCUGGCAGCUGCUCUACUCAAUGGUGCCUUUAUCCAGGCCACGGAACUGGACGACUACCACAGCGGUGCACCCCUUCAUUCAGCCAGUGUAAUUCUCCCGGCUCUUCUGGCCGCGACUGAUGCGGCCGUGGCACCAGACCCAAUAUCGGGCCUUUCUCUCUUGGUUGCAGCCAUUGCGGGAUUCGAAACCGGGCCUCGCAUCGGUCACGCGCUAUACGGCUCGGAUCUACUGUCGCGUGGAUGGCAUUCUGGGCCCGUAUUUGGCAGUCCCGCUGCUGCGACAGCGACGUCAAAGUUACUGGGUCUGAAUGCCAAGCAGAUCGAAUCGGCCAUUGGCAUCGCCGCUACCCAAGCGGGCGGGCUUAUGUCUGCCCAGUACGAAGGGAUGAUCAAAAGAGUUCAGCAUGCAUUUGCCGCAAGGAACGGCCUUUUUGGGGCGCUGCUCGCGCGGACGGAUUACCUUGGAAUCGAAAAAGUGUUGGAGAGACCAUAUGGUGGCUAUCUGGCUAUGUUUUCUGCCGGUAAUGCACGAGAUCCGCCCUACCUCCUGAGUGAGAUCACUAAGCAGCUUGGCGAUCUGUGGCAUACACAACGUAUUCGGAUCAAAUUAUACGCGUGCGUGGGAGGCUGCCAUGGUCAGAUUGAAGCCCUGGAGCAGCUACAGCAAUCUUAUCCUCAGCGUUUUGCGGCUACGGCCUUAGGUCAGAUCAGACGCAUCACCGUAUGGCUGUCGGCCCCAAUACAUGCCCAUGAUGGCUGGUUUCCAGAACAACGCCCCUUAACCACCACCGGUGCUCAGAUGAAUGCCGCAUACAUUGGGGCGGUACAGCUUAUAGAUCGUCAGGUGCUGCUGAGCGAGUUUGCGGAACAGUCAUUGAAUCGUGCUGAGAUCUGGGACAUUGUUGAUAAAACAGAGUGUCUUCACUCGUCAGACUUUGAUCUGCCAGACCGGAUCUGUGGAGCUCGAGUGCGUGUGCAGUUUCAAGACGGGUAUGCUGUCGAGAAAACAGUCUACCAACCCAAAGGAUUCGAUCCCCCGACCACAAACGAGGAGAUUUACCAAAAAUGGCGGCGCUUGGUUUCCAGUGUGCUAACCAUAGAGCAGCGGGAAGCCAUUGAGCAUACUAUUUUGAAGUUGGAGGAGCUUCAAGAUGUCCGAAUAUUGACGGCCAUGCUAUCAAUCUGUGUUAGAAAUCCAUUGGGCUAA